AUGGCGAACUCAUUGAACCUCUUCCACUCUACCUCCAGAGCACAAAUCUGGGGGUUACCAGGGCCCGGAAAAGCAGCUUCCUUGCGGUUCCCAGGAGCUCAAACCUCCCGGAGUGACUGGGCUAGUGGACCAGACUCGGUGAAUUUUCUAACCCUUGCGGGGCUACGGUACGCAUGCGCCAUGGUGUACUGGUCUGUGGUGUACCUGAGGGCCUCAUAUGCCGCGAUUUGGGACUGGGACUGGGACGGGGAGCGCAGCGAGCAAGCGUGCUGGCAUGGAGCCUUGGGCGCCUACCUUCAAUGUAAAUCAAUACAGGUUAGCGCAAACCUGUGCAGUUCGUGUCAGCCUGAAGUGAAGAGACCGACAAGCGGACACCUGCAGCAGGAUGCUGCAGACAGCCUCGAGGUAGAAUGUCUCUAUAGGCUGAAACAAACUGUGAGCGGGGCCGCUGGCUUCAGGAAGCUCUAGGUGCAUUCACAUCACUCGGCCUCCAGCGUGUUCAUCUCGAGUCUCCGAGUCAAGGUAUCUUGGCAGGCGUUAUCUCUCAAAGUCAUCCUUCCUCAGUGCCCAGACCUAGGCUGGUGUCAGCAUUCCACAUGUGCCCCAGCUUACCAACACC